AUGAUUUCUUUGAAAACAUAUCAGAAUAAUAGCCUUAUUGAUCGAAAUCAGCCAAAGUAUAUUGCAGAACACACAAGCUCUCACUCUCUCUCUCACACAACCAUGCUUCCCAUAAUUCCCUCUCUCAUCCUCAUGAUCCCCUAUUCCAUGCUUCCCAUCCCUUCCUCCCUCCCAUCCCUCAGUUCCCAUCCCUCCCUCCCUCCCUCUCAGUUCCCAUCCCUCCCUCUCUCUCUCAGUUCCCAUCCCUUCCUCUCUCUCUCAGUUCCCAUCCCUCCCUCUCUCUCUCAGUUCCCAUCCUCCUCUCUCUCUCUCAGUUCCCAUCCCUCCCUCUCUCUCAGUUCCCAUCCCUCCCUCUCUCUCUCUGUUCCCAUCCCUCCCCCUCUCUCUGUUCUCAUCCAUGGUUCUCUCCAUGGUUCCUCCCCCCUCUCUCUCUCUCCCAUGGUUCCCAUCCCUCCGUCUCUCUCUCUCUCUCUACCUCCGGUUCCCACCCUCCCCUCUCUUUUCCCCUUGUCUCUACUCUUUUUCCUCCUCUCUUCUUGGUCCUCCACUCUCUCUCUCUCUCUCUCCUCACUCUCAUUCUGUUUCUCUCUCUGCCCAUGGGGCUCCAUUCUCUCUCGCAUUGGCACAAAUGAUUGUUAUAAAUAA